ACCUAUCGUGAGUAGAUACUUUGUAGUCGGUAUCUUGAGUAGGUAUUGAGCUAUUCUUCAAACUAAUGCUCUCAAAUUUGCGGUUUGAAAUUUUUUUCUUGCAGAUAAGACUAUCGUUAAGUGUAAUUCUUUGUUUAUUUUAUUUAUCUUUUUUUUUUGGUCCAUAAAAAAAAUUAUUAAACGUGAUACUUUUUUGUGUGGAAAUUUCGCGAUCAUUUCAUCUCACCGAAUUCUUGAAUAAAGUUGUGAGUGACUGAGCGUUUUGAUUUUUGUGACUGCGAGGAUGUUUAAAGCUGAAAAAUAUUAUUCGUAUCACUCGUUGCAAGUUCGAGACGUUAUUACGGUUUUACAACAGUUCAAAUCGCAAAUCAAAUGGACCAGUGGACAGAAAAUUAUAGAUAUCGGCUGCGGUCCCGGUGACGUAACGUACGAGUUGUUGCUGCCUUUAAUUCCAGAUGACGCAGAACUGCUGGCUGUUGAUAUGGACGAAAAGAUGAUAGACCUGGCGAAAAUUAACUACUCGUCCGAUGCUCGUUUGAAAUUUGAUGUUGCGGAUUUAGUGAAAUCGAAAGAUAUCGAUAAGUACGAGUCGUGUUUCGAUACGGUGUUUUCUUUUUAUUGUCUGAAUUGGAUACCUGAAAAACGACUUGCUCUGCAAAAUAUGUAUUCAAUGUUGAAACCAGGAGGCGAAAUUGUAUUUUCUCUCGUUGUCGAUUGUCCAAAUUGGCCACUGCAUGAAAUUUUAGCAUCUUCUCCGAAAUGGUCUCCGUUUAUGAAAAACUACAGAGAUUCUAUAUCACCUUAUCACUACAGCGAUGAUCCUUUAUCUGAAAUCAGGAAUUUGCUUCAAGAUGUGGGCUUUCAUAUUAGACAUUCCUCUUUCACGUGGAUAUCUUACACGUUUCCAUCGAAACCAAUUUUCCACAAAUGGUUGCAUGGAAUAAAUCCGUAUUUAAAAAAUAUUCCGCAAUGUCUGUUGAAAGAAUACGAGCAAGAAGUGAAGAAAACGUUAUGGGACGAGAAAUUAUGUAUUUUAAAUGAGAAGGGAGAAGUUGUUUACAAGUAUUCUGUAAUCAGGGUUUUCGCCAACAAGUAGUCAGGGCCGGAUUUAGCAUUAGGCCGCCCUAGGCAGAAUAAAAUUUGCCGCCCCUUCCACCCCCCAAAUUUUUUGGUUUGUGUGAACAUUGAAUGAUCCGUUACUUCGUUAGUAAGGCAACAUAUUAAAAAUUAUUUAACUUUAUUUUCAUUAGGUACAUGUGUAAGAUUAACAAUAUGAGGAUUAGGUAUAUUAAAACGAUUAAAUUUUACAGGUAUAUUAUAUAGGUAUUCUUAGGACUUAGCCGACCUAGGUGUGCUGUCAAAAAUUUUUCUUCUUGCUUUUUUUUCAGCAAAGGUUUUGAUGAUAUCAUCAAAUUCCAUAUUGAACAUCAACUCGGCUUCAAUUGCCAAAAUCAUUUGGCAGACUAACCUGUCCUGACUAGUAGUUGAGCUCAAGUAGUCUUUUAUGCGCUUCAAACAUGAAAAUGAGCGUUCAGCGCUGCAGUUGGUGACUGCUGUGCAGUUUAAUAAGCGGUAUGCUAUAUCAACAUUAGGAAAGACUCCUUGUAGGUCAUUCUGUCGAAUAAACUUUAAAAUAUCCAAAGGCGGUUUGGUUUCAAUCUUUUUUACUUUGCAAUAUUUUUGAAAAUGACAUAACUCAUUUACAAAAACUAAUUCCAAAUCAUUUGGAAAAUGUUCUUGUAGUGACGCCGCAUGUUUUCUCAAGUCAGAUUGAUCCAAUGUGCCAAAUUCGACAAGCGCAAUAAAUUUUUGAAAAAUUCUUUCAUAAUCACGGCAUUUAUCAUUCAAAUCUUGCAAGAUUCUAUCCAAAAUAACAUUGAAAGUAUUAACUCUGAAAUCGUCUCUUCCACUCAACUCGACUUCAUCUUUACGAGUUUUGGGCAAUUCAUCGGACAUUAGUUUUCUUUUUUUCGUCCUACGUACAUCUUUUUCAAAUUCCUGCUUGGUAGAAAUUUUCUGUGCUGUUUCUUCGUAAAGAUGAAAAUUUUCUCGAGCAUCUUCUAUAAAACCAACCAAUGAUUUGUACAAAUCCAAUGUAUCUGAAAUGCUGGUAUCCACAGCUUGUAAUUUCUGACUUGUAGCGUCAAAUCGUUCAAGUAAAACAGACCAAAUACUUAGCAUUAACGCACUUUCUAGUCGUUGCAUUUUCUUUCGAAGACCUUUAGCUUUACUUCGGACUAUUGCUUUUUCAUUGGAAUUUUCUUCAUAAGCUGAUAAAGCAUUUAUUAUUUCACUCCAAAAUUCAUUCAUAACAGAAACCGCAUCAGCGCGUGCAGACCAACGAGUUGUAGACAGUGAUUUCAGUUUAGCAAAUUUUGAAUCAGCAAAAUGCUGCAUAACAAACCAUCUCUCUGUUGAAUCGGAAAAAAAAUUAUACACCUCCUGGACCAAUUCAAAAAACCUACUCGCUUCUGAACAACUUUCUGCAGCAUGGGUGCCUACCAAAUUCAACGAAUGAGCACUGCAUGGUGUGUACUCUGCCAGAGGAUUGUCCUUUUUGAUUCGAGCUUGAAGUCCGGAAUAUAUGCCCUUCAUGUUAGCAGCAUUAUCGUAAGAUUGUCCUCUCAUAUCAAGAAUGUCAAUUCCAUGAGAUUUCAAAGUAGAAGUGACUGCAUCAUAUAAAUCUUUACCUUUGUGACCCGGAUUUUCUAGUAAAGUUAAGAAACGUUCAGCCACAGUGCCGUCUGGUUUAACAUAUCGUAAAAUGAAUGAAAGUUGGUCGAUAUUAGAGAUAUCCGGCGUUGAAUCCACAAUAAUAGAAUAGUAUUUUGCAAUUUUGAUUUCUUCUACUAUUUUUGAUGUCACUUUUCCAGCCAUAAUUUCAAUAACUUCUUCAUAAAUAGUUUUGGAUAGGUAGCUUGUACUACCACUACCUUUAUCUCCAUAAUUACGAAUAUGCUCAUCUAUAAAUGGAUCGAAUUGUCGUAAAUAUUCCAAUAACAUCAGAAAAUUUCCAUUGUUAGGAACACCAAAAUGCUCAUUGGUACCCCUAAAUGAGAGUCCACGACUUGCCAAAGUUUUGACAGUAGCAACAAUUCUUUUAAGAACUUCUUUCCAGUAAGAAAUUUCUUCUUGAAGUUGUUCUGCUAAACCUUGAUCUACUCUUCCACUUAUUUGAGCUCUUUCAAACAAUUUUAGGAAAGAUUGUUUAUGAUGGUCGGAAUUUUCGUGGGCAGGAGCCAAGUGGUGAAUGUUCUUCCAAUCAUUGAAUCCUUGUUUAAACGCAAAUUCGUCAGUUGUGUCUCCAAAGAGAAAACAUGGUGCACAAAUAACAGAACCUGUACUCUUGGAAUAAACUAGCCACGUACGAUCUCCUAUUUCACCAUUUAGAAGUUUUUUUUUAAAAGCAGAAUGGUUCAAGUACCUAUUACCUUCAGAGUACACUCGUUUGGAUUCUUUAAAAUCUGAAUUUUUAUUCUGGUUGUAACCAUUCAAUGCAACGUACUCUCGAUAAAAUUCAUUUGCAAUCCAAGUAGCCGGGUCACUGUUGAAUACAAACACAUUUUUCUCAAUUUCAUUUGCUUCUGUGUUCUCAUCACGAGAUGAAGUUAAAUCUGAGUCAGCUCCGUGUGGUAUAUUUUCUUCAGCAUCAAUAUUCUCAGGUACAGCAGAAGUAGAGGAAGGGCUAGAAGAUGGAACAUCUGAAGAGGGUUGUUGACCUGCACCUUUGCACAUACGUAAAAAUGCCAGUUUAUUGCAUUUGAAAAAUUGAUUUCUUAGAUUAUUAAAUUAUUAUUUUGAGCAACUUACUUGUCGAAGGUUUAAAAUACUUGUCGAUUUUUUUCGUCUCAGCCACAACUUUUUUCUGCUUUUCUGCUUUUUCCGACGAUUGUUUUCUAUAUUGAGCGCCACUCAAUCGCUUACGCCCAUCCAUAAUUCAAUUUUUAGACAAAAUAUAAAAAACGUACCGAACUCAUUCGAUAUUAAUAUCAAUGUAAUUAAAUAUCAGAACAGAAACAUUGCAUUUUGUUCAUUUAUAUUAUAAUAGUCAAUUGAUUUCACAAAAUUGGUUAAUUCGUGAUUUGUAGAUACGCCUGCCAGUUGGUCGAGUUGAGUCGAGUCGAGUCGAGUCAAACAAAAGCAAUCGUAGAUAAUAAAACCUCAUCGCUCGUUCGAUGCAUAAUUCCAAGAAACCCCUCCACCAGUUGAAUCCAACUCUAACAGAAGAAUCCUGGCCUUAUCUCUAAGAUAUUUUAUAGUAUGUCAUAUGGGUGGUAUUGGAUUGUCUCUGCUCAAUGUGUUUAUAGAUACAUGAAAAUAAUCAUUCCGAUUUCAAAUUUUCAGUGUUUUUAAAUAUAAAUUUUUAUUUUAAAAAUAUACAUUUUUUUUUUUUUAACGCAAAAAUCUGCCGCCCCCUAAAAUCUGCCGCCCUAGGCAGCUGCCUAUAUUGCCUAUACGUAAAUACGGCCCUGCAAGUAGUGUACCUACGUGAUUGUGAAUGAUAAGUAUUUGUUUUCCGGGAAGGGAAUCAUAGAGGGGUGAAUACAUCGUAACGCAAUCCUUUACCUGUCAGAGUAGUGCAGAUUAGCUUUUUCAAUUAAUUUCUCAUUUUUAAAAAAAAUUUGUGUUAUCUUUCUCAAGUUUUUUAAAUUUACAAUCACGUACAUAGUUAAAUGUCACGAUAUCGGUUCCAAUAUAGUGUAUUCACUAGAGUGGUCCUUAUUUUCAAAGUUGGGACUUUCCUCUCUCCCAACCGCCAAAGUGGUAACCUCUGGUGAAAAAAUAAUUCCUACUCAAUUUUCAAAAAUUUUAUAAAAUACAAAAUUCACUUCAAGUUUUGUUAUCUCUAAAAAGUCUCUUUUGAGUAAAAUAAACUCUCACGACGAUUUUAGCCCCCUCCAUUAAAAACCAAGCUGACCCCCUAAAAUAGCUGAAAUUUAAUGUAAAAUACGAAUUCCAGAUAUUCUAGGAGACCGACUUCAUCUUACUCAAAUAAGAUUUUUUAAAAGGGUUAGAACUUGAAAUUUUUGAAUUUUAAAAAUGCUUUGAAGUUGAAUUGGAAAUUUGAGAGUCCCACCGCAGCCCGAGUCUUUCAAAAAUGGGAAAAAUGAAAAAUAGGUAAUUAUUUUCUCACCAGAAGUCACCACACAGGAUGUUGAUUGGUCCGAGGUAUCUGGACAUGAUUCUCAUGAUAGUGUUGAGGGUAAUGUCCAACUUUCUGGCAUGUGCUGAUCAGCCUCAUGCAGCAUAUCUGUACUCAGUAUGUCAUGUCAAGUAACACAGUGCCAGGGCUAUUGUUCUCAGCCUACUGGAAAAUAUGCUACAGUAAUGUUUGUUAGCGUAUUUUUACAUGUACCUGCCAAAGCACAUCACAUGGCCUAUAAUCUGGCGUGGCAAGGCCAAAAAUUUUUCAUAGACUGGUAACAUUGGCAGAAUUUUUUGUGUAAGGUUAUAAAAAAAAAAUUCCGCAGCUUAGUGAACAGAACAAGUACGAGUAUUGGUGGAUGUUUUUAUUCAGCAUAUCAGUAGAUUCCCCAUUGUGGGUUGGAUUAACUAGUUCAAAACUCACUACAAAGGCAAGCUUGAUUGUGUAAUUCAAACAAUUUUACAUGCAUUUAUCACCAUUUACAAGUCAAGUAAUGGGGACCACCAGUAUCAGCUGAGUUAACAGAUUGUGCACAUCAAUUGUUAACAGAAUCAAAAAGCUAAAUUGGUUUGAGUGACUAUAGAGGUCGUCAACAGUGUCAACACUGUGCAACUCAGGGUCUCUAGAGAAUCCUGAGUAGCUCCAAAGUGCUUGUGUUGAUGACACUAUAGUAAGCAAAUGGAACUACUAGUGGAAGCUAAGAAAAUCAACAAGGUACAGGCAUAACACCACCCCUCAUUUAUAAGCCUUGAGGCAGGUUGAGGUGGUGGGAAUGGGCCUAAAACAGUUUAUCUCCCCAGUCCCCAUUAAAAAAAAAAUGGUCUAGACUAUUGUCUAAUACAUUCUUUGCAUUUCAAUUUCUUUUUUAGUUUCCCAUGAACUUACUUAUACUUACUUAUAUUUUUAUUUUGAAUCUUAUUGUUGUAUUCCUGAAUAAACACUUGAUAUUUGUUUUGUAUUA